CGACAACACGCAGCAACACGCUUUCAAUGACGACCCGCUUUGUCGACCCGACGACCGCAAUCGAAUCGCUCGACAACUACGAAACCGACGUCCAACCAGCGCUCGCCGACGGCCAGAUCAAACUCAAAGUUGCGUCCAAAGAGAAAUUACUGGCCGCCACGAGCGCCAAAAAGUGCAUGGAGUCGCUCGAGGACGGUGCAUACUCUCUCGAAACCGCAAUCGCUGCAUCCCAUGGGCAUCCGUGCAACACGUUGAUCAUUGGUCUCACAAGCCGGUACCAGACGCUGGUCGUCAACACGGACAUUGCGUGCGCCACGUACCUCAGCUCGUCGAUGGACGCACUCAAAUUCUACAAAUAUGCCUUCUAUUUCGUCGGCGAAGGUCAGAUCGACGAAGCCAAAGCGUUGCUGCAGGCGACCGCCGACAUCGCCGCGAGUUUGGAGACGAUCGCGGCGGAGCUCGAGCAGCAGUCCGCCAACGCCAUGCGCGAGGCCGAGACGAGCCUCGAAGCGACGAGUACAGCGAGCACGCUGGCCUGCGAGACGAAGAACCAAGCAGCCAUCGCGCGCGCCGUGGCAAGUGCCAAGCAAGCAAAGCUGGAUGAACGCAAAACGGACAACGAGAAUGAUGUCAAUGCGGCCAAGACAUCGCUGGACGCAGCUGCCCGCGAGCGCCAAGCGCAAGACACAGUUGAGAUGACCGACGUCAAAGUGCUGUGGGGCCUCUACGAAGUCUCGCGCGAAGGUGAGCGUGCCAAGCUCAAGCACCUUCAAGACCUCGAGACUGCGCAGCGGACUGCGUACCUUGAUGUGCUCAAGAAGCAGCAAGAGCACAACCAGGCGAUCAACGACUUGACACUCGAGCUCGCGAGUUUGGACGCAAAAGGCGACACGUACGAACGCGCCGUGAUAGCGCUCGAGAUUACCGUGAAGGCGCUCGGUGGUAUCAAAACGUGCUUUGAAGAAGUGCGCGAAUUUUGGGCCUUGCUCAAGGUGCACUGCCACAGAGUCGCUGGUCCCAACAAGCUUUUGGAGGCGGGUUUCAGGUGUGCAAGCCAAAACAGCACCGGCAUGCUCGUCAAGGUCAUGACCGACGAUUGGUACCAGUGGCUCGCGCUCGCCAAGACCAACUACAUGGCCGUGUGUGGCAUGGCCAAAGUCAAGACCAAGGUGCACCACAUCAUGUCGAAUUUGCCCAACUCGGCGCAGGCCAGCGACCGCCUCGAUGCGCUCAUCAAGGGUUUGACGUCGAAACUCAACGAAAGUAAAGCGGUCCUCAAAAAUCAAAUUGAAGAGGUCGAAAAGAAAAACGCGGUAGCUGCUGUCUAGCGACCGGUACUCGAG